UCCGGCUUUAUAAAGCCGGCGCCCGGCGCUGGGGCGCUGCCUCUGGGAUUUGCCUCGCCCCGAGCCAUGUCCUGCCUCCGCUGGGGGCUGCUGCUGCUCCUCCUGGGCAGCCCUGCGCUGGCGGCCCCUUUGCGAUGGGACAGAUCCCCGUUCAUCAUCUCGGAGAGCGAGCGGGGGCCGCCGUGCCCGGCCGAAUGCCCCCGCGAGCGCCACCGGCCCGUCUGCGCCUCCGACGGCAAGCUCUACCGAUCCCACUGCGUCUUCCAGCGCGCCCGGUGCCAGGAGCCUCUCCUGCAGGCGCUGCCCCGCUUCCGCUGUGGGGGCGCCCACCGGGACCCCACCAGCGUGAACCUCACCCGCUGCCAAGAGGAUCGCGCAGCCGCCCUGGCCCGGCGCCAGGCGGACUCCAUCUACGUCCCUGAGUGCGACGAGGACGGCUCCUUCUUGCAGGUGCAGUGCCACAGGCAGACGGGCUACUGCUGGUGUGCCACCGCCGAGGGCAAACCCGUCAGCGGGACGUCCGUGCUCAACCAGACGCCCAACUGCACAGGUUCCUAUGUGGUGCGACCGUCCUGGCAGGACCCUAACUCUUCACGGAGAGUGGCCUUCGAACUGUUUUCCUCCCUGAACGCAGAAGGCGGGAGACCCAGGCCCACCCCAGCAAGCCCCCCGCCCCACAAGCAGGAAGAGGGGACCUCGCUGCCGUUCCUCAUACCCAUCAUCCUCCCCGACUUCAAGCCCAACCGCACGGUGAAGCGGAUUCAAGAGUUCCCUCCGUCCUGCGAGCAGGAGCGGCUGGAGGCCCUCGAGGAAAUUCAGCAGCACCAGCAGGAGGGGACCUUCGUCCCGGAGUGCGAGGGAGACGGCACCUACAAACCCAUCCAGUGCCACCAGGCCACAGGCUACUGCUGGUGCGUGCAGGCCGACACCGGCCGGCCUGUCCCUGGCACCUCCACCAGGAACUUCCCGCCAGACUGCGAGUCUGACGCCGCGGCCAAGAGCGCAGAGAUGGGCUCUCUCUUCCGGGACAGGGCGCUGCCAGGCUGCCCGGGUCCCAAGAAGGCGGAGUUCCUGUCCAAUCUGAUGAAGGCCUUGACGUCCGACAUGAUCCAGUCCCGCCUGAUGCCCGUCACGUAUAGGAGGCUGUCGGAUCGCCUGGAGGAGCGGGCGGCGCGCUGGCAUUUCGUGCGCCUGGACAAGGACUUCAGCGACGGGCUGAGCGAGCGGGAGCUGCGGCCCCUCAAGCUCUACGUGAAGCAGCACACGCGGCCCAAGCGCUGCGCCCGCAAGUUCCUGGAGUACUGCGACCUGGACGCCAACCGGCUCGUCUCCCUGCCGGAGCUCAGGGGCUGCCUGGGGCUCAGCUAGCACUGGGCGUCUCCUCGAAGAGGGGCGCGCCCCGCUUCACCCUUCCCACCCCCAGGGGGCGCUGCCUCGCCCAGCACUGCAUUCCCACCCCUGAUGGCAGACGAUUUGCACUGUGAACUGUAGAAUGUGGAUUUUAUUUGUAACUCCCUGGCGCUGAAGAAAGUCGGACGGACCUUUCAGAAAGAAGGCGGGGGGGGGGGGCAUUGAUUUGCACCUGGGCGACUCCGCUGCUGUUCAGUCCUGGUUUUCCGCUCUUCUGUAGAUAAGAGAAUCCUGCAAAGUGCCGUUAGGGGGGUUUAUUUUAUUUAACCCCACCUAACCUUUGCUUAUUUUUACUAUCGGAGGAAGGGUUAGAAUCGGCUCCGACUACUUUAUAAUCCCUCCACUUCCUUAUAAAGCAGAAACGGUCAGGAAAAAAACAACCCAACAAUCCUGUAAUCUGUGUCCUCAAUCAAUAAAUUA